CUUUUGCUAUAUUGUGUCCAUACUAUUACUAUUACUAUAUGCAAAAUGGUCAAUACCUCCAAAGUAGAGCACUUUCUUCGACCCUAAUUGGGCUCUACGAUCCACCACACAACUCUAUCGAUGAAAAAUCUUCAACACACGUUUUACCAUUGAACGGUGAAUGUAGAUAUAUCGUGCAAUGUCUCUUUGUGAAGAGCCAUGCAAGAAGAGAUAUACAAUACAACGUUUGA